CUAUCACGAGGGGGAAUUCGAUGCAUGGAUUUCAGAUCCAAAUCCUCUUCUAUAAAUCUUGGACAACUUUGCUGACAACUUCAGUCUUCGGAUCGUGUUUAUGCAACACCGCAAGGAAAAAGAGUCUAUCGUUACAAUUCCUCCAACUCGUUUGUCCAUUCUUUUCUCAAGAUGCCAAUUGAGCAUGAAGCCAAAGUUAGGGUACAAGGUGAAAAUGCUCCCCUCUUACCAAUACACAGAAGGAAGUCGCUCAAGCCAACAUCAGUUUGCGAGGACCUCACUUUCGAUUGCAUUAUUGCCAGACUUUAUCUGAACCCAUGUCUACUGCAUCAGGAACAAACAAGUCGUGUUCCAAAAGAAUCUGCGCUCCCAAGAAAGGUCCAGGCCAUAAAGGAUUUAAUAGUAAAGAAUCUGGAAAAUGGUACUGACCAAGGACAAAGUGACCUAAACUCAUUUGCCGGUGGCAAGCUGAGUUUGUGCGGGAGUGUUGCAGAGGGAACCAAAGUCUGUGGAGCUGAUGAGUUUGACUUCCAAUACUUAAUGUCAGUUGACGGAUUAGAAGCCACAAAAAAACGCUUGAUUCGCACAAAACCGCGAUCUGCAAAUCACGAAAGUUGUUCAUUUUUCAGCUUAAGGGUGCACGAUAGUGACGGCACCACAGAAGAGCUCAACCCAGCCACAAUUCAUGAUAGGUUCCUGCACAGGAUAAAACAAUUGCUGUCCAACACCCUUGAAGACUUCAAAAUGAAGAAAGCUGGUCCUGCAGUAAAGAUUUGGUACGAGGACGAUGACGGACGCACAAUAAAGAUAGACCUGACCUUGGGUCUGAAAGCCGAUAACAAAAACAUUGCGCACUUGACACCAUUGGCAAAAAGCCUGGAGAGUGAAGGACGCUUCAAGUGUCACUAUGUGGCUGCCCAUGACUACUGGAAGAUUUGCUUUGUGGACACCGAACAGACUUUACUACGGGAAAUAAUUGAGGCUGAUGAAAUAAAGGGAUCUGUCUACAGGAUUAUUAAGCUUCUUCGAGAUGAGUCUGACAUCAAAGAUCCUUAUGGCGAUGGCAUCCUCCCUUCCUACCCCAUCAAAGUCACCUUCCUCGACAUUGCCUACCAAGAUCACACCAGAGGCAUCACAUGGUCCAUACAAGACGUCACCUUCCAUGUGAUCAGGAUACUCCGUGAAGUCGAGAGACGUGGCCUCAGCCACUCCCUCUGCAGUCUAUUCUUGGAUGGUGACGAUGUCAUGUCGGAAGCAGAUAGAUCAUACCUGGAGAGCAGACGACUUCUCAAGGAGUUGAAAGCAAAGGCACGAUUCAACGUAUCCCAACGCCGCAAACGCGUUUGUUUCAUGACUCUCUUGAUGGCCAGCAUGCUUUCUUAUUUACUAUUGUCAGUCUUGGUACAACGAAAGUAUAGAAAGCUUUUGAAAUACGCAGGAUUUUUCCCACUGUUCUUUGCCCUGUUCUGCUUGGAAAGCAUCCAACUUUUGCUGCAGAAAUCUGAACGUAUGUAUAAACUGUACCCUUUCUGGCCUCUCAGCUGUCUGUUGUGUGUGAUAUUUCAGCACCUUCCUUCCUAUGUCGGUGGUAUGCUGGAUAGUUCCAGUAGGCUGUACAAGGUUCUUUGGCUAUCCUACGAUUCAGCCUCAUUUCUCCUGGGACUCAUCUUAUAUGUGGUAGUAUUCUAUCACUCGUGUUACGGUUUGUACAAAAAGAAGUCAUUUUUCAUUUUGGAUGCUUCGGCGCUAUACCUUAACGUAAUUUUCCCAUACAAAUGGAUAUCGCCAAGUGGCAAAAGCAUACCCUACAUACCAGAAAUAGGUAUCUUUAACUUGAUGAUGAAACUCAUCUAUAUGCUGUCAAUACUUUUGUCUAGCACCACAGUACUUCUAGGGAUUAUGCUCUUCAGUGUUUUGAUUUCCGUGAGAAUAAAUUUGAUUUCACGAUCAAAUCCGACAGUCACCGCAAUAAUUGGCCAGGAGGGAUCAGUUCUUGAAAUCAGCCUGAUGUUAAUCCCAGCAGGAGUUGGAAUGGUGAUUUAUGUUUUAUCUCUCAUGUCCCUUUUUUACCAAAGCAGAAUACUCAAAAAUUACACUGAUAAGCUUUCAGGCAAUUCUCUCUGAUUGAACCUGGCCAUGAGUCUGAAAAGAUGUUAUCACUAUGUAAUCACUGGCCCUCAGAGAUGGCAUGCACCAAUGUAUAUGUUAUCAAAUCUAUCUCAGAGCCUGCCAAGGGCACCAAUGUAACUAUUUACUCAGACCAAGACCUCAGAGAUGGCAGAAAUCAAUGUUACCAUUCUGAAAUCAGAGAGAUACAAUCUCGAUGUGAUAUUAACAUCAACACUUUAUGCCAUCAAUAUCUCCACUAAUUUCAAUGCGGCUUGCAGCAUAUUGCCCCCAAAGUUAUUGCAGACCUAUCUUACCUGCUUGCACGGAACGGUUCGGUCAACUUGUCACUGUUGGCAGUCAAGAUGUCUGGAGAUUUGCUGGUAUCGUCAUUAAUGGUUGAA